UAAAAUGGUGAAGCCAGUUGCUACUGUUACCAUAAGAGCCAGCUCCGACUUUCUUUAAUUUCUUGCUACAUCUGUUGCUAAGUUAAUUUCAGUCCUAAUGGGGUUUCAUCUCCCACUCAUCUUUGCUAUUCUCAGUCUAGCAGCGGUUGCACUGGCAAACAAUGCUGCUCAACCAGCACCUCAACUUUACUGGAACUCCGUCCUGCCAAACACACAGAUGCCAAGAUCUAUCAGUGAACUUCUGCAUCCUGACUCCACAAAUGAAGAAAAGAGCAAACCUGAAAUUUUCCCAUUGCAGGGCAAUAGAGUUUACACUCAAAGCCAUUAUAAAAAACGUCCUCCUCCUCCAUCUGACGAGGGCAAACCUGAAAAUUUCCCAUUGCAGGGCAAUAGAGUUUACACUCAAAGCCAUUAUAAAAAACGUCCUCCUCCUCCAUCUGACGAGGGCAAACCUGAAAAUUUCCCAUUGGCCAAUAGCUUUUACACUCAAACCCAUUAUAAAAAACGUCCUCCUCCUCCAUCUGACGAGGGCAAACCUGAAAAUUUCCCAUUGGCCAAUAGCUUUUACACUCAAAGCCAUUAUAAAAAACGUCCUCCUCCUCCAUCUGACGAGGGCAAACCUGAAAAUUUCCCAUUGGGCAAUAGCCAUUACACUCAAAGCCAUUAUAAAAAACGUCCUCCUCCUCCAUCUGACGAGGGCAAACCUGAAAAUAUCCCAUUGGCACGUUCAGGUUACCAACGAAAAAAUUAUGGAGCAAGUCCUCCUCCAUCUGACAGUCAACUAAAGCAUUAUAAAGACUUAGCUAUUUUCUUCUUCGAGAAGGACAUGCGCCCGGGCACAACUAUGAAGUUCCAAUUCCCUAGAAAUUCAAACACGGCUACUUUCCUGCCACGCGAAAGUGCUCAAUCGAUCCCCUUCUCCUCUAAGAAACUACCAGAAAUUUUCAACCAUUUUUCAGUGAAGCCAACAUCUGAGGAAGCCAAAACAAUUAAGCAAACAAUCGAAGAGUGUGAAGCUCCAGGCCUUAAGGGAGAGGAAAAAUAUUGCGCCACAUCUUUAGAAUCAAUGGUUGAUUUUAGCACUUCGAAGCUUGGAACAAGAAACGUUGAAGCAAUCUCAACGCAGGUAUUGGAAGAAGGAGCCACCAAGUACAUGCACAACUAUACAACAAUCCCGGGACUGAAGAAGUUGGUAGGUGACAAAGUCGUUGUGUGUCAUAAGGAGAACUAUCCCUAUGCUGUGUUUCUCUGCCAUGCAAUAAAACAAACAGAAGCUUAUGUUCUCUCCCUGAAAGCCGAUGAUGGGAUGAAGGUGAAAGCAGUAACCAUCUGCCAUCUAGACACAUCAGAAUGGGACCCAGAGCAUUUGUCCUUCCAAAUCCUCAACGUUAAGCCCGGAACCACUCCCAUCUGCCAUUUCCUUUCCACUGAUGCUAUUGCCUGGGUUCCAAAACACAAAUCUGCAUGAUCAUCACUUAGCACUGUACGUAUAAUAAGCUUGGUCGGGUUGCACCCUAGGCCUGCAUAAUUAUCUCCCUACUUAUUUCUGCCUCUUCAUCAUGCGGUGUAAGAUAUAUGAUGAGAUGAAGUUUUCUCUUGUAACUAUGUAGACUACUUCAACUUGUACUCAUAAUAAAGCACGCUGUUGGGGGGUUCUACUUAAUUUCGUUCUCUCCAAUGUUUGAGUGUUGAA